AAAGAUGGACCCGUGAAUAUCUCAUAACUUUGAACAACCGAGUCAAAUGGGCUACUCAUUGUAAGCCCCUUUGUAAUGGCGAGAUAGUUUUUUUGACUGACCUGACGAGCAACCCUCUCGACUGGCCCAUGGGCAGAAUUACCCAGUUGCAUCCAGGCAGGGAUGGAAUCGUACGAGUGGCCACUGUUCAAACUGUUCGAGGUGUUUAUACUCGUCCAGUCAAUAAAUUAUUGCGCCUGCCUGACUGAUUUAGAGUUAGUCAGUCUCCUUGUAUAUAUUGUACAUAUUUUCCUGUCUGUUUGUUUUGGUGGGUGGAAACCCUAUUUUUUGUUGCUUUAAUUGGAGUUUGACUUUUCCUUUCUAUUUGUCUGUUUACUACCCUAGGUGGGUACCUAUGUAAUUUUCCCCUCCAUCAAGUUGAUUUCUUUUCCUUUAAUUAUUUCCAUAUGGAAGUUCCAAUUUUGGUUUCUUGUGUUUUUUCCUAUGUUGACGUCCUAUUUCCUAAAGCCCUUCGUGCUUUGGUGGGUGGUGAUGUUUACGCCGAUCGCCCUUCCUAAUUGCCCGGGUCCCUUAAGAGUUCGGUACCAAACAUCUGAAUCCGCCGGAGACUGUGGGGCCCUACCUAGUCGAAGAAAGAAGAGGACGACUGGGGCCGAGCUGCUUGAACUCGUUGGGCUCACUAUGCUGAUCAUGACUCCAUACCGGUUCAUCUCUAUGAAUGCUAUGAGAAGAAAGUGACACUGAUGCCCAUGUCGAUGACAACACUCAUUGACAUCAUUCGUAAGGUGGAAACGAGUGAGCAUUUCUAUAUGGAUAUGAGAAUGCUGACGAAUGCGAUCAUAAACCGGUUUUGGAGAGAUGGAAUUGUGAGAGAUCCUAAUAUUAUUUAUAAUAAUCCAAAUGUUAUUGGGUAUAAAACAUCAGGGUUUCAGAGCCACAAAUACAAAUUGUUAUAUUCAUAUUUGAUACCAAACUCAGGAUAUUUUUUACCAAAUGAAAUUUUAACUCUUGAAGAAAAGUGUACAUUGCAUUUUAUGCUCUCGAGUUCAAUCGAUAUUUGGGAAAGAGGAGAUGAAGAUCAAACAUGCCCAGACCAGAGAUCAUUUCAGAAACAAUGGGAAAAUCACGAAUGGUCUGGCGUCAAGAAGAGUACAUGUCCGAUUGAAAAUGGGGUGAUUUCAACUCGAGGAUAUGGCACAGUUAGCCCUAACCACAUCUUAGGCGCAAUAGCAUCCGCUUUACAACCUCUUGAACUCAACCAGCAGUUUUUACUUCAAAGUACAAAGGAAAAUAACACACUUUAUGAGACAAUAAACAACGUUUGGGCCUCAACAAUAUGCGGUAUUUCGACUGGUGAUCUGGCUGAAGUCUUAAUAUUUCAAAUGCCAAUGGUUCAAAAAGCGUUCAUGGGACCUCCAAGUAUUUGGAACAAUUCAGAAUUACCCGUACACAGUUAUAUAAAGGCCGAUUAUAAUAUCAUACAUGAUGAAUGUUGGCAAUUUACCGAUGCAGAAAUACUUGGAGGCAUCGACGGUUUAAUAUUAGCCAAUGAAAUUGUCAGAUAUUCAAACAUAACUUACUCACUGAGGCUUUCACAAGUUCUUGAAAUGUUUUACACUAACAGAGGAGGUAAUUUUCCGAGCCAAACCAGAGCAUGCACGAGGCAAAAUUAUUUCUUUGGAACACUUUUAUCAAAAGAUAAAUUAUUAUAUGAUCAGACGUCGAGGUUCGCAGAAGUUCUCGCUACUUAUGCUCCUCGUUAUUUCAAUGACACUUUAUUCAUCAGUCACCAAUUGGAUAGAACAUUAGCAAAAUUUAAGAAUUACGCUUCAAACUUAGUAUCCUCCUGGAACAAACCUUGUCCUGUGAAAGACCAGAUUCGGACAAAACUCCAUUUGUUUGUUGUUUUCGACUCAACUUGGAGUUCCUAUGAGACAUUGGAAGUACUGAUGCAUAUCGCAAAUAAGAUAGAUGUUUCACACUACGGAAGCACUAUAUCUGUGAUAAAUGGAGUUACAGGUGACUUGACUGUAAAUUCUGCAAAAACUACAAGCGAAUUGUAUCUUCUCUGGACGACAGCACCUUCAUAUAAAAAAAUUACAGAUUCUACUAAUUUGGAAAGGGGAUUCAUAGCAUUGAAAUUACUUCUUGAAUCUACAUUGUAUUUUGAAAAUAAGCCACUUGGCUUAGUGACACUCAUACUCACACCAUCAACACCAAUAAGUGACAGUUUAUACAAUGAUAUUGAAAGCACAGUAAAAUCUGUAAAGUCUUUCAAUCCUGAUAUGAAAUUCAUUUAUGUAACGUCAACAAUAAACAGAAGAUCUUUCACCCGGAUGACAUUACUACCAGGUUCACAGAGUGACCACAUUAUUAAACUAGAUGACAAAAACAAGUAUAAUCUUUAUAGAGAGUUGGAAAUAUUGCAAGAUGUUCCUCGGUCUCUCGCACCAACUUUUUGUACUCAAGGUGAUAACGGAUUUGUUAAUAUGACUAUUGAACAAUAUAUAACAACAGGAACAAAACAGAAAUACAGAAUUCAUCCAGUUUUUUUGUGCUCUGGCCGAGAUACAAUAGAGAUCAAGGUUUUAAGCUAUAAUUAUGGAAAUCUAGAAGCAUGCAUGUAUUGGAAAAGCAACAAUUCAACUUGUUUAUUGUCCUCUUACAACGAGGACUUAAUUUUUACAGUCAAAUCACCAUGCACUUCAAAAAACACUGAAGUGAUAAAAGAAGACUGGAAUCCUGACUGUAGACCAGUGUAUAUAGAAGUUAAUCCAAAAAGAUCUUUUGGAAAAUGCGCAGAAAAAGACUGUCGAUUUCCAGACGAUCUAAGGUUUUCUUUGAAAUUAUCGGGAUUAAAAUGCCUCCAGCAUCCCAUCACUUGCAACACAUCUUCUAAGGUAGUUGCAAUUUUAAUUCCUGUAUUUAUUGUGAUAUUAUUUAAUAAUUUAAUAAACGAUUUAUAGAAUAA